AUGCCCCCUCCACUCCUCAAACGCGUCCUCCCUCUGCCAUCUUUUCCACCACCACCCCACUCUCUCUCCUUCUCUACCACCUCCACCACAUCUCCACCACCGAACCACCACUGCCCACUAAUCUCAACCAUCACCUCCCUCCUCACUCACCACCGUUCCAAAUCCCGCUGGUCGUGCCUCCGCUCUCUCCUCGCCGCCACUGCCACACCCCUCACCCCUACUCACUUUUCCCAAAUCACCCUCCAAUUAAAAUCAAAUCCCCACCUUGCCCUCCGCUUCUUUAACUUCACUCUCCACAACUCCUCUCUUUGCACUCAUAAUCUCCACUCCUAUGCCACCAUCAUUCAUAUCCUCUCCCGGGCCCGUCUGAAGGCCCAUGCCCAGGACAUUAUUCGGGCCGGGCUCCGGUCACCCGUUUUGUUUAACAAUGAUGAGGGUGCCUUUGCCGAGGAGACAGGACUAGACAGGAUGGAACAGGAUUGUACAGGACAGGGUCGUCGCAGGUACCAAAGGCAAAAAGAAAUGAAAUUUUUUGAAGUUUUAGUGAAAACUUAUAGAGAGUGUGAUUCAGCUCCAUUCGUGUUUGAUUUGUUGAUAAAAUCUUGUUUAGAAUUGAAAAAAAUUGAUGGGUCUAUUGAGAUUGUGAGGAUGUUAAGGUCUAAAGGGAUUAGUCCAUCAAUUAGUACUUGUAAUGCUUUGAUUAGCGAGGUGUCGAGGUGUAAAGGCUCGUUUGUUGGUUAUGGGUUUUUUAAGGAGGUUUUUGGAUCUCAAAGUUGCGAACUUGAGGGGAAAAUGAGAAGGGGUUUUAGGGUUAGGCCUAAUGUGCAUAGUUUUAAUGAAUCAAUGUUGGGGUUUUAUAGAGAUGGUGAAGUGGAGAUGGUUGAGGAGAUUUGGAAUGAAAUGGGUAAAUUUGGUUGUGUUGCAAAUGGGUUUAGCUAUGGUGUUUUAAUGGCUGUUUAUUGUGAGGGAGGGAGGUUGAGUGAAGCACAGAAGUUAUGGGAGGAAAUGAGAGUGAAAGGAAUAAUGCCUGAUAUUGUUGCUUAUAAUACUAUCAUUGGUGGGUUUUGUAAGGUUGGAGAGGUUGAGAAAGCUGAGGGUCUUCUUAGAGAAAUGGGGUUGAGUGGAAUCGAGAGUAGUUCUGUUACUUUUGAGCAUCUUAUUAAAGGGUAUUGUAGAAUUGGGAAUGUUGAUUCGGCUAUUCUCGUGUAUAAGGAUAUGUGUAGGAGAGAUUUUAGGCUUGAAGCUUUGACAAUGGAGGUGUUGAUUGGAGAGCUUUGUGAACAGAAAAGAGUUUCUAAAGCUUUGAAGAUUAUGAGGAUUGCAACGAGAGAUGUUAGUUUUCAUCCAAGCGGGAAGAGUUAUGAGUUGUUAAUUAAGGGAUUGUGUGAGGAUGGGAAAAUGGAGGAAGCAUUGAAGCUUCAAUCAGAGAUGGUGGGGAAAGGGUUUGAACCAAAUUCAGCAAUUUAUGGUGCUUUCAUGGAAGGGUAUGUGAAGUUGGGAAAUGAGGAAAUGGCUGCUAUGUUGAGGAAGGAAAUGUCGGUAGCUCAAAAGCAGCAGCAAGAGGAUUGA